UUACCAAACAUGUUAAUCUAUGUUAUUGAUAGUUGAAAUAUAAUCCCUGUCUUGGACACGGAACCCUUCGCGUCCAAACAAGCAAACUGGAGUUUUCUCCAGUUCCAUCUUCCAAAUGCGGCCUCGGUAGGGCUGCAAAUAUAUCGCCAUCAAUUAAAGAAUGGAGGAGCACCGUUGCAAGUUUUGGCUUCCCAAAAAGAACCGAUCCUGUGCUAAUACCCCGCUAUCCGAUUCACCCUUCUGCGGCAACCAUACGCAAAGGUGCAAUGGCCAAUGGAUCCCAUGCCCUAUCGAUUCUUCACAUUCUGUUCUUAAAGAAAAUCUUGAAGGACAUAUUAAGAGAUGUCCUUUAUUGAAGCAAACUCAAUCGUUGUCUCUGCAACCGUUUUACCAGAAAGGGAUCAAUGCUGGCAAAGAAGAUGAUGAUGACAUCACAUCUGAAAUGAAGAGAAAUGCUGUUUAUAGCAUGACCGUAUCUGAAUUCUAUAAAUUGAUAAAGAAGAUUGAGUCGAUUCAUGCUUCAUUAUGUAAUGAUAUUUUGGAAUCUUUUAAGUUGCCUGAAGCAUGUAAUAUGUGGAUUAAGAGAGAAAUAGACAGUAAAUUACCAUUUCAAGAGAAACAUGUCAAGCAACAAGCUGCAAUACUUGGAAACUUGGAGGAUUUUGGAGUGUUAAAGAGUACUCUUGGAAAUAAGGUGUGUGAUGAUGACAACGCCAAUUGUGUUCCUGCAGUUGUUGAGUUUGGAGCGGGGAGAGGGUACUUGACACAGAUGCUUGCAGAUUGUUAUGGGAUCAAAAGGGUUUUUCUGGUUGAGAGAAAAUCAUAUAAACUUAAGGCUGAUCGAUCCUUGCGACAGAAAGAGAGCUUGAUAUUAGAGCGUUUGAGAAUUGAUAUUGAGGAUUUGAAUUUGAAUGCUGUUGAAUCCUUACAAGGAGUUCCAUAUCUAGCUAUUGGAAAACAUCUCUGUGGGCCUGCAACCGAUUUGACUUUGAGAUGUUGUUUUUCCAAGCAAUCUAGUGAACAUAAUAUGGGACACUGCAGUGACAAUGAUUUCCUGAGGGGCCUUGCUAUAGCAACAUGUUGCCAUCAUCUUUGCCAGUGGAAGCAUUAUAUAAAUAAAAAUCUCAUAGCUGAUUUAGGGAUCACCAAGGAAGAAUUUCAUGCAAUUACAUGGUUCACCAGCUGGGCAGUAGAUGCUGACCAUGGAUCAGAUCUCUCUAUUGACGGCAGAUUCCAUUUACAAUCUAUGGAGGAGGAACAAUGUGGUGGGGACGCAGAUGGGGUUGAAGAUGCUGUGAGAAACAUGAAGGCAGUUCAAAGGGCUAUCUUGGGCUUUAUGUGCAAACAGAUCAUUGACAUGGGAAGGAUGAUAUGGGCAAAAGAAUGUGGAUUAGAUGCAAAGCUCGUUAAAUAUGUUCCGUCAGUAGUCUCUCCUGAAAACCAUUUGUUAAUUGCCAGGCAUGCCAACUGCUUGUGAGAUCUCCUGCUUUUAUGUUCUACUUUAGGUUGUGACAUUAUCAAUUUGAAAAUCAUGUUCUACCGACUGACUGCUCAUAUUUUGGAGAAUGAGUAAACAGUAUUAACAUUAUAUCAUACUCAUAUGGAUGGGGUAUUAUCAUAUA